AUGCCUUACAACUGUUGCCUGCCCAAUUUUAGCUGCCGCACCAGCUGCUCCUCCAGGCCCUGCCUGCCUCCCAGCUGCCAUAGCUGCACCCUCCCCGGGGCCUGCAACAUCCCCGCCAAUGUGGGCACCUGCGGCUGGUUCUGUGAAGGCUCCUUCAAUGGCAAGGAGAAGGAGACCAUGCAGUUCCUGAAUGACCGCCUGGCCAACUACCUGGAGAAGGUGCGGCAGCUGGAAAGGGAGAAUGCCGAGCUGGAGGGUAGGAUCCGAGAGUGGUGCCAAGAGCAAGUGCCCUAUGUGUGCCCAGACUACCAGUCCUAUUUCAGGAUCAUUGAGGAGCUCCAGCAGAAGAUCCUGUGCACCAAGGCAGAGAAUGCCAGGCUAGUUGUCCAGAUUGACAAUGCCAAACUGGCUGCUGAUGAUUUCAGAACCAAGUAUGAGACUGAAUUGUCCCUGCGACAGCUGGUAGAAUCUGAUAUCAAUAGCCUACGCAAGAUCUUAGAUGAGCUGACCCUCUGCAAGUCAGACCUGGAGGCUCAGGUGGAAUCCCUGAAGGAAGAGCUGAUCUGUCUCAAGAGGAAUCAUGAGGAGGAAGUCAACAUUUUGCGUUGCCAGAUCGGAGAUCGUCUAAAUGUGGAGGUGGAUGCUGCCCCAAAUGUGGACCUCAACAGGGUGCUGAAUGAGACCCGGUGUCAGUAUGAGACCCUGGUGGAGAACAACCGCAGAGAUGUGGAGGAAUGGUUCACCACUCAGACAGAGGAACUCAACAAGCAGGUGGUGUCCAGCUCUGAGCAGCUACAGAACUGCCAGGCCGAAAUCAUCGAGUUGAGACGCACUGUUAAUGCCCUGGAGAUUGAACUGCAGGCCCAGCAUAACCUGAGAGAUUCUCUGGAAAAUACCCUGACAGAGACUGAGGCCCGUUACAGCUCUCAGCUAUCCCAGGUACAGUGCAUGAUCACUAAUGUUGAAGACCAGCUGGCUGAGAUCCGCGGUGACCUGGAGAGGCAGAACCAAGAAUACCAAGUGCUCCUGGAUGUCCGGGCCCGUCUUGAGUGUGAGAUCUCUACGUACCGGGGUCUGCUGGAGAGUGAAGACUGCAAGCUUCCCUGCAACCCUUGUGCUACAACCAAUGCCUGCGGAAAACCCAUCGGUCCCUGCCCAGUCACGAAUCCUUGUGUCCCAUGUGCUCCCUGUGCCCCCUGCAUACCCUGUGUCCCUCGUUCACGCUGUGGUCCCUGCACCUCCUUUGUGCGCUAA